AGGCUGGUUUUCGAUUGUUUAUUUAAUUUAUUUAAUGUAACCACCACUGUGAACGUUUUUUUUGUGGGGAAUAUGUCGCGGUCAGAAAGUUUUCUAGCUAAUUAGCUUACUGCCGAACGUUCCCUAGCAACGACCAAUUCCAGUUCAUCUGAUGAAUGUAGGACUUUGUAGUCUGUCAGUAACAAACGCAGAAAACUAAGUUUAAUGAACGCUAUGAUUAAGUGUUUAUCUAAAGAAGUUCAGGGGAAACUUCGCUCGGGUGUUGCCAUUCCUUCACUUCAACAGUGCGUAGAGGAGCUCACCCUAAACAGCAUCGAUGCCGGGGCGACGUGUGUGGGAGUCCGGGUGGACAUGGAUGCGUUCAAACUUCAGGUAAUCGACAACGGUGCUGGGAUAAGCGCUGAAGAUAUGGAGUGUGUGGGAAACAGAUACCAUACCAGCAAAUGCAGCUCAGUUGAAGACCUGGAUAACCUCAGGUUCUACGGAUUCAGAGGAGAAGCCGUGGCAAGUAUAGUGUCUCUUGCCACACUUGUUGAAAUCUCAUCCCGGACUAGAUCAUCAGUGAAAACGUUCAGCAGGAUCUUCAAAAAUGGCAAGGGCUUGGAUGUCUUUGAAUCAGACACUGCUCGGCCCUCUGCAGGGACAACUGUAGUUAUUUGUAACUUCUUCCACAACAUGCCAGUCCGCAGGAAGAGGAUGGAUGCUGUCCUGGAGGGUGAGAGGAUCAGACACAGGGUGGAGGCCAUAUCUCUGAUGCAUCCCUCUGUGUCCUUUACCCUGAAGAAUGACUGCACUGGAGCCAUGACUGUGCAGCUUCCUAAAGCCAGAAACACUUACCACAGGUUUGUACAGAUACAUGGCCUUGGGCGAGCACAGAAACUGGGAGAAAUCAGUUAUAACCGUGGACAGUUUGAAGUGAUUGGCCACAUUGGCAGAGAGGGCCACUACAACAACAGCUUACAGUUCCUGUAUGUGAAUGACAGACUGCUUAUGAAGACACGAAUACACAAGCUUCUGAACCUCCUUUUACGCCGGCUGAGCAGUUCAAAUCAGAAAAAUGACAGUCCAGAUGGCCAGUCUGCCAUCAGAAGUCCUAAACAGAAACGCAGCCAAGAUCUGCAUGGAGUAUACAUCAUUAAUAUUAAAUGUGCUUACUCAGAAUAUGAUAUUUGUCUUGAGCCUGCCAAAACUCUAAUAGAGUUCAAAGAUUGGGAUGGGAUUUUGCUUUGUAUUGAGGAAACAGUGAAAGCCUUCCUAAACAGGGAGAACUUGGUGACUGUGAUCUCUAAAGAGGACUUGGACUAUGAAUGCCCAAAAUUAUUUGGCAGUGAGAGUACAGACCAAGAAGGGAACAAUAGUGACAAAGACGUCCAAACAACUAUCAGUACAUCCGCUUUGGAUUGCAGUAUUGGAAUGACACUGGCAUCUGGAUCCGUUCAUCGUAAAUGCAAGGAUCACAUUGCUUCUGAGGACAGUGUUUGUGUGGAGUCUGCGCAGAUGGAGUCCAAAGAAGACGACGAGGAACAACUGGGGCAGAAAAGGAUAAGUGCAAAGGAGGUAGAAAACCUUCAGAGUGAAGGAUUCACAAGCAAAGAAAGUAGAGAUGAACCACAGCGUGUUCUGGCUGAACUGGAACCAUCAUCUGAUAAUAAUUUUUCUGUCGAGGAGCCAACAUUCAGUGAAGCUGAGAAAGAUACUCAAAUUUUAUGUUUGUCAAGUUCAGUCAUACAACAAGAAGGCGAACAAGAGAAGCUUUCAAAAGGAAGAGAAAUGAAAUUAAACUAUACUGCCAUAAUCAGCAAUGUAAAUCCUCCCAUCAGUGUCACUCAGGAAACUCUGCCGGAUUCAGACAGUAUUAAUCAAAUUCGACUUGACUGCCAGAGUACAGGACGACAUGCACAGACUCUAAUAAGUAACAGAAAGAUAAGUCUGUCCAAUUCAUACAUCCAUGAAAGUCUGCAGACCAAGGAUCUAUCUCUGAUCAACAGGCCAUCAUUUCAGCAGCAGGAUCAAGCAGUGAAAUGUGUAGAAAGAUCCUUUGCAUUAAAACGCAAAAUCUCACUCAAUACAGACCACCACAGAUCUUUUCAAAAGGUAUUUAGAGACUUUGCUCCCGUCAUCCCCUCAAAGAUUCCUAAAAUAAUAUCUGGUGAAAAAAUGUCUUUACGUAAGGAGUCUGGAUCUCUUGAUAAGUUUCGGACAAUAUAUGGAAAAUGUGACGAACCUUCUCCAGAAACUUCCAUACAGAAUAACGCUAGUCUUCCUGAGACAGACAACUUUGUUUUGAAUCCCCAGAAUUUGUUGGUUUCAAAGAAAGACAGACAGCAUGAUGUUACAGAGACACAAAAAGAGGCACUGUCUGCUUUCACCCGGCUGAAACAAGUCUCAGGUCGGAUCGGAGGCAGAAAAUCGCUGGCAGCUAAACUCUGCCAUUUGAGUCAACAUAGGGCAAAAGAUAUAAAAACACUACCACACCUGUCCGGGUCUACCUCACAUGCCAGUACCUGUCUCAGUAGUAAUGACAGUGUUCAAGACAGCAACAACAAUGCCUGUGACACUGCACUGAAUGCGGAGCCGGUCCCUGACCACAGUACAAAACCUCAGCAAGCUGAGAGUGAAGAGGCCACUACAUCGGGGGACUGGGUUCAUCACUAUGAUGAAUCUGUGGGAAAGAUGGUUUACGUCAACAAAGUGACCGGGCUCAGCAGAUACGACGACCCACCUACGGAAGAAACACAAGUCCCCUGUACAUCCGAUGUCACCAAUAUGGCAAUUAGUGUAAUUUCAGAAAUUGGGAUGGAGUACAGGUGUUACCCAUUUCAGGUGGAUCUAGUGUUGCCCUUCCUGCCUAAAUCCAGAGCUGAGAGAGUGAUUAGUUCAGGCCCAGGUGACAGAGGUGAGGGUGAUGAGAACUCACUUUCCUCCUUAUACUCCAAAUGGAAUAAUCCUGUGUUUGUCCGUCCUCCUAUGGUUGGUGUGGACAUAUCAACCGCGCAAGCUGACGGACUGGCUGUAAAGAUCCACAACAUCCUGUUUCCAUACCGCUUCUCUAAGGCCAUGAUUCACUCCAUGAAGGUUAUUCAUCAAGUGGAUAAGAAGUUUCUUGCAUGUCUUAUCAAUACAAGAGAUGAAGAGUCCGCAGCAAACGCUGAAACUGAAGGGAAUCUUCUGGUGCUGUUGGACCAACACGCUGCACAUGAGAGAGUUCGGCUUGAAAAUCUAGUGGCAGAUUCCUAUGAAGAUGACCCAGAUGCAUCGGGCCAGAGACGUCUGUGCUCAUCAACCAUUUCUCCACCUCUUGAGAUCAGUGUAACAGAAGAGGAGCUAAGGCUGCUUAGGUCUUGUCAGGCACAUUUGCAGAGUUUGGGACUGGAAGUGAAGUUCUCAGAGGCAGCAGAUCCACAAGUGCUUGUAGGGAAGGUCCCGCUGUGCUUCAUGGAAAAAGAGAGUAAUGAGUUCAGGCGGGGAAGACUAUCUGUUAUUAAGCCCAUUGUUGAGGAGUAUCUCCAAGAGCAGAUUGAGUUACUCCGCUCAGCUGGUAGAGUUAAAGGAACUCUGCCUCUCACUGUGCUCAAAGUGCUUGCCUCUCUAGCAUGUCACGGUGCGAUCAAAUUCAAUGAUAGCCUGAACAGAGAUGAGUGCUGCAGCUUGGUGGCAUCCUUGUCUUCCUGCCAGCUGCCUUUCCAGUGUGCCCAUGGCCGUCCAUCUAUCGCUCCCCUCGUAGACAUCCUCCGUUUGGACACAAACCAGAAGGAAAUACAGAAACCCAACCUCCGAAAACUGAGAAGAAUGUAUAAAGCGUGGGAACUAUAUGGAAAUAGAUAAGUGGGUGUGUAUUUUAAUUUAAAUGUGUAUUUUAUUUAUUCUCAUUCAAAUUGUAACUUUUU